AGUCUUCAUGUGGCUCAAAACAGAACUACUGCCCUGAAACAAUGGAGGUACAUGGUUCUCGCAAUGGUUGGGUUGAAGACUAAAGAGUUCUGUAUCCUACAUGCAGCAAUAUUGAGUUAGAAGAAUGCUAUAUAUUUACACUGUUCAGUUAUUUGUUUGUUGCACAGAUGAGGAGGUUGAACAUAGUUAUGAAGAAUUUUAUGAGGAUGUGCAUACAGAAUUUUUGAAGUUUGGAGAGAUAGUAAAUUUCAAGGUAUGCAGAAACAGUUCAUCCCAUUUACGGGGGAAUGUCUAUGUGCAGUAUAAAUCAUUGGAUUCCGCUGUGCUUGCUUAUCAAUCUAUAAAUGGUCGUUAUUUUGCUGGCAAACAGAUUACAUGUGAAUUUGUUAGCGUGACAAGAUGGAAGGUUGCUAUAUGCGGGGAGUUUAUGAAAUCAAGGCUUAAGGCAUGUUCUCGUGGAACAGCAUGCAAUUUUAUCCACUGUUUCAGAAACCCUGGUGGAGAUUAUGAAUGGGCAGAUUGGGAUAAGCCACCCCCAAAUUACUGGAUUAAAACGAUGGCUGCAUUGUUUGGCUAUUCAGAUGAGUCUGUCUAUGAUAGGCAAUUUGAGCGAGAAGACUCUGAACAUAUCAGGCAUCACUCUGGAAGAUUUCAGUCAAGAGAGAGUCGAAGGUCUCGAUCAAGAGAGGAUAGGAGUUUAACAAUCCAUAAGGAACGCGAUGUUCGAAGGAGAGAACAGAGAAAGCAGCCCAAAGGUGUUGAUGAUAAAAGAUGUGAAGAAGAGAGAAAUUCUAGAACUAACCAGCGUCAUAAAAAUAGCUCUUAUGAUGAUAGCGAAUCUGAUAGAUAUUGGUCGGCUAAAAAUAGAGAUGGACUUGACCACUGUGACAGCGACAGGAAAAGAUCAAGACACUCGGUGUCUGAAAGAUCAGAAUCUCAAGAUCGUCGUGAUGAUGGGAAGAGCAGAAGUAGUAGCACUGAUUCUGAUUCAGAUUUGUUUGGCAGAAAAAGAGAGGGGGAUGCUGAGCUUGGACACACUACAAAGAACAAAAGACAUGUAAAGAAGGCACCCGAAGACCUAGAUGAUUUGGCAUACAGCAAAAGUAGAGCAUACAGUACUGAUAGAAACAGAGAAUCACACCACAAUGCCAGGGGAAGAAGCUCCAGUAAAUUUCAAAACACUGUGUCUGUAUCAUCAGACGAUCAUUGGGAUAACAAGACCAAAUCUCCUCGUACAAAUGCAAAUGGAGAUCAGACUGCUGGGGUCAAAGAUAGCCAGCGAGCAAACACCAGGAAAUCCUCAAGGUGUUUGAAUGAAGUCUCACUCGAUAAUAAUGAUGUUCAAGAAUAUAAAAGAUCCGACGAGGAUCAUUCUGGGUAUGCGGGGAGCAUAUCCCAGAGUCCCAGAUACCACACCGGUGAAGAUAUUGAUGAAAGAGGCAGGUGGGAACCUGGCAAAGAAAUUGCUAAAGACCGCAAUGUGGAAUCCAACAAGAGAAAGGCAUCUGAUUAUAGCCAUAAGGAGCGUAAGAAAAAGCACAGAAGUCAUCACAGCAGAAGUGAUAAAGGUGAUUCUUAAAACAAGCUAGUGGUGUAGAGAUAUAUAGCCUAUGUUUGGCAAACCUAUUUAUGUGCUUAUCUUGUUCAUACGCAUUGAGACCGGAUUAGAAUGUGAAAUCGUUCUUCCCUUCCUUUUUCUGA